AUGUCUGAAAAAGAAUAUCACGACGACGUCGUUAUACCAGCUCGCCAACCUGUACAAACCACCAAUGCCCUUAAGGGCUUAAUUAGCAACCCAUAUGUGUUUGCCACUGCUCUCUUCGCCUCUAUCGGUGGUGUCACCUUUGGCUAUGAUCAAGGUGUUAUCUCAGGUGUCCAAACCAUGGAGACCUUUAUGGCUCGUUUCCCUAUGAGUUCCACCGAACAAGGCUUUGUCGUUGCCAUUCUCGAAUUAGGUGCUUGGGCUGGCUCUUGGCUUACCGCAUAUCCCGCUGAUAGAUUCAGUCGUAAAUACGCUAUCGUUAUUGCUUGUCUUGUCUUUUUGCUUGGUAGUGCCUUCCAAGGUGGCGCUCAAACUGUACAAUACCUUAUGGCUGGUCGUUUCGUUUGCGGUAUGGCUGUUGGCUCACUCAGUAUGCUUGUCCCUCUCUAUCAAUCCGAAAUUGCUCCACCUGAAGUGCGUGGUUCACUUGUCUCCUUGCAACAAUUGGCUGUUACCUUUGGUAUCUUGAUUUCCUUCUGGAUCGAUUUUGGCACUCAAUACAUUGACAAUGAGGGUCAAUGGCGUAUUCCUCUUUGCUUGCAACUCAUCCUUGGUCUUAUUCUUGGUUUCGGUAUCUUGUUCUUCCCAUUCUCUCCUCGUUGGCUCAUGUCCAAGGGACGUGAAGAAGAAGCUCUUCGUGUACUUUCAAAAUUACGUCGCAAGGCUAUUGAUCAUCCUGAUGUCCAAGAAGAAUGGCGUGAAAUCAAAAUCUCGGUUGAAUUCGACAAGGAAUUGGAGCGUCAUCAAUAUCCUCAAUACGCUGACCAGCCAGGCUUCAAGAAUAGCUUCAUGAUUGGCCUUUUGGGUUAUCGUGAUCUCUUCCGCCCCGGCAUGUUUAGACGUCUUGCUAUCGGCUGUAUUAUCAUGUUCUUCCAGCAAUUUGUUGGUACAAACUCUUUGAUCUAUUAUGCUCCCAAGAUUUUCCAAUCGCUUGGUCUUUCUGGUCAAACAAUUUCUCUCUUGGCUACUGGUAUCGUUGGUAUCAUCAACUUUGUUUGCACCUUCCCCACUGUCAUGUUCCUUGAUAUGAUGGGCCGUACUCGUACCCUCAUGGUUGCAUCUGUAUUUAUGACCCUUUCCAUGGUCAUCAUUGCCAUUAUCUCUGGUAUCUAUGAUGGUAACUGGGAAGGAAACGAAGGCAAGGGCUGGGUCUGUGUUGCUUUCACUUAUUUCUUCAUUGCAAACUUUGCAUACUCUUGGGGUCCUAUUGGCUGGGUCAUUCCUGCUGAGAUUUUCCCAUUGCGUUCGCGUGCCAAGGCUAUGUCCGUUACUACCAGCAGCAACUGGAUGAACAACUUCAUUAUUGCACAAAUCACUCCACCCAUGUUGGACAACAUUGGUUUCGGCACCUAUAUCUUCUUUGCAUGCUUCUGCUUCUUGUCAUUCUUUUUUGUCUGGUUCUUCGUUCCCGAAACCAAGGGUCGUGCUCUUGAAGAGAUGGAUGAAAUUUUCGGUGGCGGAACCGCUGCAACCGAUAAUGAGAUCCUUCGUCGUGUGGAGCAACAAUAUGGUGGAUCGUACGUCCCAGCUGGUAUCAAGUCUGAAUCGGCAUAA